AUGCGUCUCUGAUUUGAUUCAAAAAUUAAAAGAUGACGAUUUUCAUAAUUUUUCUAAGUAUAACUUCUUUUGUGCAAGCUUAUCAGUUUUCAGGUUGUGAUGCACCAGUUGGUCAUUACUGUCCUUUGAUAAAUAAUCCAUCACAUUUUGUAAAAUGUGGCAAAGGAAAAUAUCAAGACCUAACAGGUCAAACAUCUUGCAAAUCGUGUAAGUUUGGAGAAUACAAUCUUCAAACUGGACAAUCAAAAUGCAAAGUUUGUCCAAAAGGUUAUUCUUGUCUUUGGAAGAAUAAAUCUCCCGUAAAGUGUCGUAACGGAUCGUAUCAAGACAAAAGAGGAAAAAUAUAUUGUCGCACUUGCCCAACUGGCAAAUUUUGCUCCACAACUGGACCUGUCAUAGACAAGAGGAACACUCGUCCUUUACCACCCGAGAAAUUGGCAGCGAUUCGAAAUGCUGCAUUAUAUGCAGAAGAGGCCUACCAAGAAGUAAAUCCUACUGAAACAAGGUUAAAAGACGACGAGAGGGUGAAAGGCUUUGUCAAGUACGAAGGAAAUAAAAUCGUUGUAUCUUUUCAAGGUUCUAACGACCUUACUGACUGGUAUAGAAAUCUCAAGUUCUUCAAACAAAGAUAUUCGGGUUGCGAAGAUUGCAAAGUACACAUUGGAUUUUUUCAGUCUUAUAACGCAUUGAAAGAACAAAUGCUUGAGAAAGUAAGCGCUUUAUCUGACGAACAUUCCGACGCUAGAGUUUUAGUGACAGGUCAUUCACUUGGUGGGGCAAUGGCGACUUUGGCAGCAGUUGAUUUGGUCAAUGCUGGACAUCGUGUCGAUUUAAUAACCUUUGGCUCGCCUAGGGUUGGUAACCAUGAAUUUGCAGAACAUGUCAACGGAGCAUUAAGCGGAUUGAAUCUUAGAAUGACGUAUAAGGAUGACCUUGUUACAGUCGUUCCUCCUCUUAUGAGGUUUGUACAUGUUGGCCAAGAAAUUAAUUGCGUUGGUACAGACAGAUGCCACGAAUAUCCAGCAAACGAAGAUGUAACACAUUUUAGAGGAACAAUUUCCGAUCAUUAUAUGAACAAUUAUCUUACAAUAUGAAAAGUUAAAAAUGGAUUAUUAUAUGGCA